UUGAUAUGGUGACCUCGUUGACACUUAUUUGAAAUGUAUAUAGACAAGUAUUGACACUUGACACCAAAGUAAAAGCAUAAACCGAAUUUGUAAAUCGUUGUUGAUAAAAUAGAAGUACCUAAUGUUUCGCAUAAUAGCGAGAAAAAUGUGCUCUGUACCAAAAUCAAAAAACACACCUAUUCCUGUGUUUGGUGUAGAAGGACGAUAUGUUUCGGCCCUAUACAGUGCGGCGCAUCAAAUGAAUCAACUUGACGAGGUCGAAAAACACCUUCGGAGUUUGCAGAAAGAGCUGACUAAACCUAAAAUAGUCGACUUCCUCGAAACUAGUAUGGUAUCAUCAGCUGAUAAAGCUAAGCUUUUUAAACAAGUCGGCGAAGAAUCAGGGAUGCCCCCGGCUGCCGUUAACUUUUUAGCGGUCGUUGCCGAAAAUGGCCGAUUGAAAUUGUUAAAGCGCAUUAUUCAAACUUUUUUAACUGUGAUGAUAGCACAUAGAAAUGAAGCUUUAUGUGAAGUAAUCACUGCUAAGCCGCUCGAUGACAUCUCUCGUCAAGCUCUGAUGAAGGCUUUGAAAACAUUUGUCCAAAAGGGCAAAAAUAUUCAACUAACUGAAAAGGUGGAUCCUUCAAUUAUUGGUGGACUUAUCGUUGGAGUUGAAGACAAGCACAUCGAUUUGAGUAUCGCACGAAGGAUACAAAUGUACACUGAUAUUUUAAAACAGUCUGUCUGAAAAAACAUAGUUUGUAUUCAAAAAUUAAAUUCAUAACCCCCGA